GUAAAAUCGAGGUACAGUGUUGACUGCUCGAGGCGUAUUAACCUCAAAUAUUUUCUUGGAAGUAUUUCGUUUGAAUUCACAGUGAUACUCAUAAUUGAGCGAGCGAUGAAAAAAAGAGAGGAUAAAAUCAGAAUGAAAGAAGAGCCGAAAUAUACGUGGCCAGAUGAAGGUGACAAUAGUAAUUUUGAUUCGGUGAAUUCUUAUGACGCCAAAACCUUUACAACGUUUAAUCAAUCAUCAACAAAUUACAUAAAUGAGGUUAUGCCGUUAAGGGAAAAGUUAGAGGAGAAUAUAGCCGUAGAUUUCGAGUGCAAAUAUCUUAAUCCUGAACUGAGGUCGUUAAAGAAAAUUUUCUGCAAAACUGAAUCUCAGAAUUGCUUACCUAUUGCGAAGAUAGAAAAUCAAAUUCUGACAAAUUACUUGAAUGAAAAAAGGCUAAUAAUUUUAGUGAAAAAAGGAUUCGAUUACGAUAAUUUUUGUCCAUUUCAAGAAAAGUCUCGAUUAAAGCUUGACGCCCAUGAAGAGGUGAAAAUCAAUUUGAUGCAAAAGGGAAUUAUACCAGAUGAAUGUAAAAUUUGUCAUAAAUCAUUUACGUUCAAAUGUGACCUCAGUAAGCACACAAAAGCAGUACACGAUCGGAGCAACCCCUACGAAUGUACAAUAUGUCAUAAAUCAUUUGGUCGAAAAUCAAACCUUGAACAUCAUGUGAACGCAGUACAUCAUCGAAUCAAACCCUUCAAGUGUGGCAUUUGCCACAAAUCAUUUGGAUACAAAAGCGACCUGAAAAAACACAUAAAUAGAGUACAUGAUCGUAGUAAACCCUUCGAAUGUGAUAUUUGUCAUAAAUCAUUUGGCCACAAAGAUCACCUUAAAUCUCACUUAACUGCAGUACAUUAUUUUAGCAAACCCUUCGAAUGUGAUAUUUGUUAUAAAUCAUUUGGACAUAAAAGUAACCUGAAAAAGCACAUCAAUACAGUACAUAAUCGCAGUAAACCCUUUGAAUGUGAAAUUUGUCACAAAUCAUUUGGACAAAAAAGUUCUCUCAAAGUUCACGUUAAUUCAGUACACGAUCGGAGCAAACCCUACGAAUGUACAAUAUGUCAUAAAUCAUUUGAUCAAAAACCAAACCUUGAAUACCAUGUAAACGCAGCACAUAAUCGGAAAAAAGCCUUCGAAUGUGAUAUUUGCCAAAAAUCAUUUGGAUACAAAAGUGACCUCAAAAAACACAUAAAUGGAGUACAUGAUCGUAGUAAACCCUUCGAGUGUGGGAUUUGUCACAAAUCAUUUGGAAACAAGAGUAAUCUUGAAAGGCACAUUAAUGGAGUACAUGAUCGUAGUAAACCCUUCGAAUGUGAUAUUUGUCACAAAUCAUUUGGCCGCAAGGACCACCUCAAAUCUCACAUAAUUAGAAUACAUAUCAUAGCAAAUUCUUCAAAUUCUAGGUUAGUCGUAAAUUAUUUGAAUUACAAAAGGAUCUGAAAAAGCACAUAAAUGCGACCAUUAAAAUUUUUUAAUGUAAUUUUAGAAAAUCUUUCGAGUAUAUAUACUGUUAUUUAUUUUGUCUCUACUGUAAAAAAAACCUGUUACUCGCCUUUCAUUCAUAAACUAAAAUGUAAACAACAUUUUGUCCUAAAUUUGUUCAUCAAGGUAUUGCUGUUAAACCGAUUUUUCAAUAGUCCAGUUAUCACUUAAAUUUUUUCCCAACCUGUUCCCCAUAAAAUGCGAGUAGAUAAUCCUAACCUUGAAACAAUAAUUAUUCAUUGAAAUCUCAAAAAUUAGUUUGCAUUUGUUGUUAGACUACAAUCGACUACGUACAUGAAGUACAUAACCACGUUGUGCCCUAUCCAGUGCGACGAUAAUUUCGUCGUAGACAAGAAAUUAUAAUAAUUUUAGUAAUGAAGGAUAUAUAACAUAGCUAUACAAACUGCUACGAAGUUAGAAUUUUAAAUUGUUUCAAAAAUUGUAAGAAUAAUGUAUAAUCAGAUAAAUCUAUGUCUUAAUUGUAAACAAUAUGCUCAUUAUUGAUUUUGACAUACUUCCUCGACACACUCAUCAUGUUUACAGUUAAAACAAAUUAGUUUGAAUGUUGUCUGUUCCGAUGGAACAAGCCUGAAGGCGAAAAGAUAAAUUUUACUCAAUCAAUUUCCGUGACAUUUAAUUAAAGGAUUCAUCGUUUCAUUGAGGCACUAAAAUGGAUCAAAGUGAAAUAAAAUACGAGAAAGUUGCCUCGGAAAAUAAUUUAAGUGAACACAGAAAUAUUGUAUCGAAAGAUAAAAAAUAUGUUUGUAAAAUUUGUGAGAAAGAUUUGUCAGAAAGAUUUGUCAGAAGGAUGUGAUGUGUGCGACAAAAAAUUUGAGCAACGAAGCCAUUUGAUAAAAUACCAAAAAACAGUACACGAAGUUAGUACAGAUACGCAAUAAGUGCGGAAAUUAUACACGAGAAUUCAUCGAAUUUGAGUUGACACCGAAAAAAUACAUAAAAUUAACAAAAUUAACAAAAUUACCACUGCCACUUCAUUAAGUCUUGAACUUACCGAAAAAUGCGGGGCCAUGGUGAAUGCUAAAUUAUAGAAUAUAUUGCCUCUCGGUAUAUAUCGGAUCAAGUUAAAUAGUAGUUUCUCUCCAAUAAAGUUUUAUUAGAGCUAAUUUUUUUUUUACAUAAUUAAACGUCUUCACUGGUAUGGUAUAACCAUAUUUAUCGCGAUAAUACUUUUUUUCAAUUGUUUGUUUUGUAAUUAACACUUAUUACUUAUCCAUCAAAACGCUGAACAUAUUAACCUUUAAAAGUACAUAUGAACAAGCCCGUGAUUCGUAAUGAAUGAAUCGUUUUUCCCAUAAUCACAAAUAUGCGCAAAUGUAUCCAUUUGUUCGUAAGAUGAUAAUCAAGUUUUUAUAAUAUUUUAUUAUUUAUACGAGCAGCUCGAAUUUUUUGUCUCUGAAUAAUUCCUCAGAGAAUAAUAGCUUGCUUUUCAUAAGUGACAUAAUGAAAAGCGCUAAUU